AUGCCGAAAGUUCUCAUCCUAGGCGCUACCGGCUACCUGGGCAAUUCGAUUUCCAACCUGCUCGUCCAGACCGGUGAACAUACGGUCUAUGGCGUCGCUCGCACCGCCGCCAAAGCAUCGCACCUAGAGCGACAGGAGAUCAUCCCUGUACUCUGUCCCAAUCCUGUUAACGAGCCGGAACCAUAUUUGUCGAUCAUCCGCUCCAAGCACAUUGACGUUGUGCUCGAUGUGGCCGGCGCAGAUGCCGGAUCUUACAACUUUCUCCGUGACAUCGCAGCGAUUGGGCGAGAGCGUCUCGCCACAGGCAAGAUUCCUGGCCUGUCACGACCCAAACUCGGCUUCAUCUAUUGCUCCGGAACGUGGAUCCACGGCUCCUCAAAUGAUCCCGUGAACGACCUCGAUGUCGUUGGGGUCGGGGCCGACACGUCUCCUGCAGAACUAGUCGCAUGGCGAGUGGAGAUGGAGAAGGCUGUACUGGAAGCCGCUGAAUCCCUCGACGUGAUGAUCCUACGACCAGCCUUGAUCUAUGGGCGCGAGAGCACAAUUUGGAGCACAUAUAUCACCCCUGUACUGGAAGCUGCCAGGGAGGGAUCUGAGUCCACAAUUGAAAUUCCAUUGGAUCCAGGCGCCAGACCUGGUCUUAUCCACGUUGACGAUGCGGCAAAGGGCUUCGUGAAGGCAAUUGAGAAAGUGCAUCUGUUUCCCGGAACUGGUGUGUAUCCGGUCUUCGACCUUGUCACAACUCAGGAGAGUAUGCGUGAGAUCUUCAAUGCAUUGGCUGUCUCUUGGAGGUUCAGGGGUAUGGUAAAGCUGAAGGGACACGGCGGGGACUUAUUUGCGAAAGCGAUGGGAGUCACUUUCCGAGGCUCCUCGGCACGAGCCAAGCAGCUCUUAGAGUGGAGGCCGACGAGACUAAAUGGCUUCGUACAGGAUAUGGAUAUCUAUGCGGCGGCAUUCGUCGCGACGCAUCAUGAACAACAUUAA